CGGUGACAUGGGGAAACAACUCUGUAUUUAUCUGAUUGCAAGUAGGAAGUUACUUCGUGAUCAUGAUGAACAUGGAAACUUCACAGAAAAAGUAAGAUGGAAGACCGAUACUCUGUCAUGAUUUCUGACCACUGCAGUGCAUGGUACUGCAAAGUCAUCAGACUUGAGUAGCUUCCCUUCACAGAAACAGACUGGAGCAGUCUCCCUUAAAAAAUCAAAUUAAAGUUGAACUCUGGAAGACUCUGUUAUGAAAAUUUAUUAGAUUUUAUUUUGCUGUGUCAAUUUGAAGAAAUUGUAAAGAUGGCGAAGGCUGGUUAUAAGAAGGACUUCAUGAUGAAAAGGUCUCAAAAUAAGAGCACCUUCAUGACAAAGGAGAACUACAAGGCUCGGUGGUUUGUCCUGGACAACGAAUUUAUAAAGUACCACGAAGGAUCAUUAGAGAAAAUGGGGAAAGUUAAAGGUUCCAUUGACCUCAAGUCAAUCAAGGCUGUGGAGAAUGUUGAAAAUAAGGUCUUAGACAACAAAGACCAUGUUUUCCAGAUUCAGUAUUCUGAAGGAAUUGAGUUCUACACCCUCUAUGUUGUGGCCAUGUCAGAGGAUAAGAGGAAGGAUUGGGUGGAGGAUAUACGAGAGGCUGCCAUGAAAAAGGCCGCAGAUUUCUUCCCCAAGUACCACAAUGGUGUGUGGACCAAGAGUAAGGGCAAGUAUAGCUGCUGCGACCAGGUCGACAGGAACGCUCCGGGCUGUAUGAUCACGACAUCCGAGAAACAGGUGACUAGAAACCACAAGCCAAACAUACCUCUCCCAGCUGUACCAGGGUCAGCAUCUCCACCCAGUCCAGAGGGCAAAGAGAAAAAAAUAUUUGUAGCUAUUUUUAACUUCCAUCCAGCAGAGGAUGGUGACUUGGAGUUGGUAGUGGGUGAAGAGUAUGAGGUGAUAGAUGAUUCAAAAGAACACUGGUGGCUCUCACGCGACAAGAGAGGUCAAAGUGGUUACAUUCCAUCGAACUAUGUGAAGAGAAAAUUUGAUUUAGAAAUUUUUGAUUGGUAUUAUAAGAAUUACUCAAGAGAAAGGAGUGAGUCUGUAUUGAAAGAUGAAGGACGUGAAGGAUGUUUCUUAGUACGGGAAUCCAGCACACCCGGCAUGUUUACACUGUCUCUGUUUACACUAGAAAAUGAUGGAAUGGUCAGGCAUUACCAUAUAAAGAAAAACGAUGCAGGGAAACAUUUCAUAUCAGAAAAGUAUUCAUUUUUAUCAAUAUCAGAGCUCAUCCACUACCACAAGCACAACUCAGCAGGUCUAGCCACUAGAUUAAAAGCUCCACCCAAUCGUGAUGGGCGGUCAGCACCGGCCACAGCUGGCAUGGGACAUAGUAAAUAUGAAAUUGACGCUCGUGAUGUAGUAAUAUUAGAAGAACUAGGAGCAGGCUGUUUUGGGGCUGUCCACAAAGGAAAGUUAAAGGGUAUGACAGUUGCUGUGAAAUUGUUGAAGGAAGGAACGAUGUCAGAGGAAAGCUUUAUAGAGGAAGCAAAGACUAUGACACAAUUAAAUCACCCCAACUUAGUGCAAUUAUAUGGUAUUGUAAUUAAAUCAAGGCCACUCCUUAUAAUCACAGAAAUAAUGAGCUCAGGUUCAUUACUAACCUACCUACGGAGACACAAGCCUCGUUUACUGACCAAGACCGCAGCUCUGUUGGAUAUGUGUAUCCAGGUGUGUAACGGAAUGACUUACCUGGAAAAUCGACACUUCAUUCACCGAGAUCUUGCUGCACGCAACUGUCUGGUGGGUGAUAAUACAGUUGUCAAGGUAGCAGAUUUCGGUUUAGCAAGGUAUGUGAUAGACGAUGAGUACCAGAGCUCACAGGGAACAAAGUUUCCAGUCAAGUGGGCGUCGCCAGAGGUGCUCAGCUUCACACGUUUCAGCAGCAAGUCUGAUGUGUGGUCCAUGGGUAUUCUGUUGUGGGAGGUAUUUACGGGAGGUGUGAUGCCAUACGACAAAAUGAAGAAUGUUGAUGUUGUUGAUUAUGUUUGUCAUAAUCGCAAACGUCUUGAAAAACCAGCGGCGUGUCCGGAUAAAAUUUACAAAGUCAUGAUGCAGUGUUGGCAACAUGAACCUGAUCGUCGGCCAAGCUUUGUAGACCUGCUCAACAUGCUUAGCGGACUCCUAGAAACUGGAAACUAUCCAUUCGUUGCACCAAAUUAAUAUCAGGACAC